CCCUGCGCGUUCACGCUCUAGUUGUGAGAUUGGAGGACGGGGAAGCAAUAGUUGUGACACCGAGGGGCAAAUAACUCAUCGUUUCCAAUGAAUAACUACCCCUUCAGCUCGACCGCCAGCUGACGCACUGCUCUGCGCGAACCCACGCGGACGGAGGAGCGACGCGGCGCGAUUGUGUGAGGAGUAUCCAGUGGCGCCGGCGGAAGCAGCUCUGGCCGUUCCUCUGCUCCAGUAUGGCUCAGCCGAGCUCGUGUGCUCAGAGCAGUAACGGUGUGGCCGACGAGUCUCCCAACAUGCUAGUCUACAGAAAAAUGGAAGACAUCAUCGCUCGCAUGCAGGACGAGAAGAACGGGAUUCCCAUCCGCACCGUCAAGAGCUUCCUCUCCAAGAUCCCCAGUGUGUUCUCAGGCUCUGAUAUUGUCCAGUGGAUGCAGAAGAACCUGAACAUUGAAGACCAAGUGGAGGCUCUUCAUCUGGGGACGCUGAUGGCGGCUCACGGUUAUUUCUUCCCCAUAUCAGACCACGUUCUCAUGCUGAAGGACGACGGAACCUUCUACCGCUUUCAGACUCCGUACUUCUGGCCGUCAAACUGCUGGGAACCAGAAAACACUGACUAUGCGGUUUACCUCUGUAAACGAACAAUGCAGAAUAAAGCUCGUCUGGAGUUGGCCGAUUAUGAAGCUGAGAGUUUGGCGAGGCUGCAGAGAGCUUUUGCACGGAAAUGGGAGUUCAUAUUUAUGCAAGCAGAAGCGCAAGCGAAAGUGGACAAAAAACGGGACAAGAUCGAGCGGAAGAUCUUGGACAGUCAGGAGCGGGCGUUCUGGGACGUUCACAGACCUGUGCCUGGCUGUGUGAACACUACUGAAGCCGACAUAAAGAAAUCGUCCCGGAUGAAGCAGCCGCACAAAACACGGAAGUCGGUGUACGGUCUACAGAACGACAUCCGCAGUCACAGUCCGACGCACACACCCGCACCGGACGCGAAAGAGACUCUUCCCUGUGAUUCACAUGAGCCUGUGCUCCUCUCUUCUCUUCAGAUCCAGCACUGGCAAACACAGCUAGACAGACACCGGUUAAAAAUGUCCAAAGUCGCAGAGAGCUUGUUGAGUUUCUCGGAGCAGUAUAUCGAGUACGAUCCGUUCUUCACGACGCCGGAGCCGUCGAACCCCUGGAUCUCUGAUGAUGUCACUUCCUGGGAGCUGGAGGCCAGUAAAGAAGCAGGGCAGCAGCGGGUGAAGCGCUGGGGAUUCUGCUUCGACGAGGUUCUGAAGGAUCCGGUCGGGAGAGAGCAGUUCCUCAGGUUCCUGGAGUCCGAGUUCAGCUCAGAGAACCUGAGGUUCUGGCUGGCGGUGCAGGAGCUGAAGAAGCGUCCGAUCCGGGAGGUUCCCAGCAGGGUGCAGGAGAUCUGGGAUGAGUUUCUGGCUCCUGGAGCUCCGAGUGCCAUCAAUGUCGACUCCAGGAGCUACGACAAAACCACGCAGAACAUCAAGGAUCCCGGCCGAUACGCUUUCCAGGACGCUCAGGAGCACAUCUAUAAACUCAUGAAGAGUGACUCCUACAGCCGCUUCAUCAGAUCCAGCGCCUACCAGGAGAUGCUGCAGGCCAAGAAGAAGGUAAAGCCUCUGAAGCGCCUGGAAACGGCCAUCUAAAUGUCCUCAUUCUGCUUCAGUUACUCCUGUGUUUAUUUCUGUUUAACCCCUCGUCUCCCGUCGCGAGGUGUCUGCCGCGUCUCGUUUGUUUUGCACGUGUUUCUCUUUGUUUCUUCUUCUGUUCUGUUGUGUCUGUUUUGUUUUGAAGUGAUGAAACAGGAAGUGCUGAUUGGCUGGUUUUUCUGUGAUGUGAAAAGCAAGAAUCUUUUCUAGGGUCUGAAUCUCAGAUGCCGUCAGCAGGCGAAGCGCUUGUAAAAUCACG